AAUUAAUCAUAGAAUCAUGCUAUAUAUAAAUUCAUUUAGUCUUUUAGCUGAAGGUGGUUUAUUUGAUUUUGAUGCUACUUUACCAUUUAUUGCUCUAGAAUUUUUACUUUUAAUAAUUGUGUUAAAUCUAAUUUAUUAUCAACCAAUUAUUCAAGUAAUUGAUUCUAGAGAAGAAUACAUUAGAGAAAAUUUAAAUAAAGCUUCAAUAUACCUUGAUGAAGCAAAUGAGCUUGCUAAGAGUUAUGAAUUAGAACUAAUAGCUGCGCGUAAAGAAGCUAUUAAAAUGGUUACAACAAGUCAAAAUGAAGCUCAAGAAUUUGUUAAUGCUCAAAUUCAUCAAGCCCAAAAAGAAGCUCAAGACUUAAUUCACUCUUCAAUGAUGCAAUUUGAAAAAGAGAAAAAUAAAGCUAUAUAUAGCCUUGAAAAGCAAGUUGAACAAAUAAGCGAGCAAAUAAAAAAUAAAUUAAUUAGUUAUGAGAUUUCGAAAUAUUCAAUAAAGAUAAAUUUCGAUUUAUUAGAAACUAAUAUAAUUAAUAUCUUUAUAUUAAUUAUUAUGUUAAUAUAUCUGGGAAGAAAAUUUCUGGGCAGUAUUCUUAUAAAUAGACAAAAUAGAGUAAUUACAUCUAUCCGAGAAUCAGAAGAACGUUUAGAAAAAUCAACUAUAAGACUUAGUGAAGCGAAAAAUCAAUUAAGUUCUGCACAAAUUAUAAUAAAUCAAAUAAAACAAGAAGCUAAAAAUACUGCAUCCUCUGUUAAAGAGUCAAUUUUAAAACAAGGUAAGACUGAUAUAGAGAGACUAUUAUUAAAUACUAAGAAUUAUAUUUAUAAUACAGAAUUACAAAUCAAAAAACAAAUUAAGCAGCAAAUUGCUGCUCUAGCCUUACAAAAGGUACAAAAGUCUAGCAAUGUUAACGAUAAGGAACAAAUAAUGCAUAAUAAUUACAAAAUAGCUAAAGUUUAUGCAGAAGGUUUAUUUGAAAUAGCUAAAACUAAAAAUUCAUUAACUGAAAUCAAUGAACAAUUGAAUUCAAUUAAAACUCUUUUAAAAAAAAUGCCUGAAUUUUAUUAUUUUUUAGUUAAUCCUCUAAUUGAUCAACAAAUAAAAAAAAACGCUAUUAAAAUUAUUUUUAAUAAAAAUCUUGAUAAGAUAACUUUAAAUUUUUUAUUAAUAUUAAUUGAACGAAGAAGAAUGAUAUACUUUUAUGAUAUUGUUGAUCAAUUUAUUAUAAUUUGGAAUAAAGCUACAAGUACUAGUAUAGUUGAAAUCUCGUCAGUAAUUUCAUUAACAGAACAACAACAACAGUAUUUAAUUAAUAAAUUAAAGGAAAUAACUAAAGCUAGUUACAUUGAACUUAAAUUGAAAAUCGAUCCAAGUCUGAUUGGUGGUUUAAUUAUUAGAUUUGGAUCCAAUUUAAUAGAUUUAAGUUUAAGGGGACAAAUUGAAAAAUUCGCCUUAUAUUUAGGAAUAAAUNAACCUGAUGAAAUAAGUACAAUUAUUAAAGAACAGAUUGAAAAAUAUGAAACAGAUAUUCGUUUAUCAGCUGUUGGUACUGUUCUUCAAGUUGGAGAUGGCAUUGCUAGGGUUUAUGGAUUAGAGGAAGUUAUGGCUGGAGAAUUGUUAGAAUUUGAGGACAAGACUGUAGGAAUAGCAUUAAAUUUAGAAAAUGAUAAUGUUGGUGUAGUAUUAAUGGGAGAAGGCUCUAAUAUAUUAGAAGGGAGCCCAGUUAAAUCUACAGGAAAAAUUGCACAAAUACCUGUUGGAGAAGAAUUUUUAGGAAGAGUAGUAAAUGCUUUAGGCAAAUCAAUUGAUGGUAAAGUUGAACCUAUAUGCUCUGAAAAUAGAUUGAUUGAAAUGUUAGCACCAGGUAUAAUUGUGCGCCAAUCAGUUUGUGAACCAUUGCAAACUGGUAUAACAGCAAUUGACGCUAUGAUUCCUAUUGGGAGAGGACAACGUGAACUUAUAAUUGGCGAUAGACAAACAGGUAAAACUUCAAUUGCUUUAGAUACAAUUAUUAAUCAAAAAGAUCAAGAUGUCAUUUGUAUUUAUGCUGCGAUAGGACAAAAAGCUUCUUCUGUAGCGCAAGUUGUAUCAACUCUCGAAGAAAAAGGGGCAUUAGGCUAUACUAUAAUAGUUGCUGCUAAUGCAGAUGAACCAGCAACUCUACAGUAUAUUGCACCUUAUACUGCUGCUAGCUUAGCUGAAUACUUUAUGUAUAAAGGAAGGGCAACUUUAGUAAUUUAUGAUGACUUAACUAAACAAGCACAGGCAUAUAGACAAAUGUCUCUAUUAUUGCGUAGACCUCCAGGAAGAGAAGCUUAUCCAGGCGAUGUGUUUUAUUUGCAUUCUAGACUCUUAGAACGUGCGGCAAAGUUAAAUCAAAAAUUAGGCGGGGGAAGUAUGACGGCUUUACCUAUUAUAGAAACACAAGCAGGAGAUGUCUCAGCAUAUAUUCCUACUAAUGUAAUUUCAAUUACUGAUGGUCAGAUUUUUUUAUCUAGUGAUUUAUUUAAUUCAGGAAUUAGGCCUGCUAUUAAUGUUGGUAUAUCCGUCUCUAGAGUAGGCUCUUCUGCACAAAUCAAAGCUAUGAAACAAGUAGCUGGUAAGUUAAAAUUAGAAUUGGCACAAUUUGCUGAAUUAGAAGCUUUUUCUCAAUUUGCUUCUGAUUUAGAUAAAGCAACACAAAAUCAACUUGCUCGAGGACAAAGAUUAAGAGAAAUGCUAAAACAAUCUCAAAAUUCUCCAAUUCCAGUAGAGGAACAAAUAGCUAUUAUUUAUAGUGGAAUUAACGGCUAUCUAGAUGAAAUUCCAUUACAUAAAGUAAGUUCUUUUAUUAAAGCCUUAAGAGAGUAUAUUGUCAAUUCUAAAUCAAAAUUUAUUGAACUUAUUAAAAUUAAUAAACAACUAGUUUCAGAGGCUGAAGACAUCCUAAAACAAUCAAUUCAAGAGACAAAAGCUACUUUUUUAACUAAUGAAUAAUAAAUAAAAUUAAAAGAAGAAAU